CCGUGUUUCCAAGAGAAAAGAAAGAUGGGUGGGGAAUGGAGAGGAGCCAGGAAGGUUGCCAGACCCCGAGGCCUGCGUAAUCAGCGAGGCCUGCGUAAUCAGAGUUCCAGAAGACCAGAGGGAAGGAAGUCAUCAAGGAAGCAACCCAGAAGACUUCCCAGAACUGGGGGCUGAGCUUCCGCCCACCAGGUCCCCCUGGACGACUGGCUCGGUGGAUGAAAGGCACCAGGGUGUUCGCCUUCGUGACUGUCCACACCCCCCGGGGACAAUGAGAAGAUCCUCAGUGCUCCAGAGAGAAGGAGUGGUUUCAGGACAAAUACCGAGAAUGAGGAGUCUGGACUUGUGGAGAGGAACACCAGAGGUUAGAAGGCCACAAGGAAGCGGCCUGCAAAGCCUGAGGGAAGCCAUCCGACCUGACCUGGGAUUCACACACUCCCCACCUCUGCCGGAGGGGAGGGGAACCACGGCCGCAGACCCGUGGGUCUCAGAAGUUCCUCUCCUCCGCGUGGUUGCUCCAGAAGGACCUCGCCACCAGAACCAUGCCAACGGCGAAGCAGCAGACAUGGGACCUGGAGCUGGCCUGCCCGCAGGAGACGACAGGACGCCUGCAGAGGGAGGGUUAUUCCAAGUGGGGGAUCCCAGGGGCGUCAGCGGCCCUGUGAGCAAGUCAACAGACAGGCAUCGAUUAACUCCAGGCCCACAAGCUGUCGAGGGCUGUGAAGUGCUCCAAGGCUCAGACCCGGCUCAGCUGAGAAGAGUCGGUGAUAACACAGACCCUGCACGUGGAUCUCAGCAGAAUUAUGACACAGCUAAAUCAGGACGGGGUAGCGGAAGCGAGCCUGUGAGCGGAAGCCAGCAGCUGACGUCGGCGCGGGGAAGCCCAAGAGCGGGCGUUAUUCCCUCCAUGGCUUCGCUCUGGUCGUGAGCGCGGAAGGCAUGAUAUUCUACGCAUCAGCAACCAUCAUGGACUAUCUGGGCUUCCACCAGACGGACGUGAUGCACCAAAACAUCUACGACUACAUCCACGUGGAUGACCGUCAGGACUUCUGCCGGCAGCUGCACUGGGCCAUGGACCCUCCCCAGGUGGUGUGUGGGCAGCCGCUGCGCUCGGAGACAGGAGAGGACGCCGUCCUGGGAAGGCUGCUCAGGGCCCAGGAGGGGGGUGCCGGUUCGCCCACAGAGUACUCGGCCUUCCUGACCCGCUGCUUCGUCUGCCGCGUGCGCUGCCUGCUGGACAGCACCUCGGGCUUCCUGACGAUGCAGUUUCAAGGAAAACUGCAAUUCCUGUUUGGACAGAAAAGGAAGGCACCCUCGGGGACCGUCCUGCCCCCACGACUCUCCCUCUUCUGCAUCGUGGUACCUGUGCUCCUGCCUUCCGUGGCAGAGAUGAAAAUGAAGAGUGCGUUUUUGAGGGCGAAGCACAGGGUGGACAUCUCAGCAACAAUGGACACAAAGGCAAAAGCUACCACCAGUCUGUGUGAAUCAGAAUUGCAUGGAAAACCCAGUUACUUAGCAGGAAGGAGCAAUGGGGAAAACAGCAUUUCGGUGUUCAGGACACAGACCGAUGCUGGCCACUGGGCCCGGGUUCCAGCCAGGGCCCCAUGCCUGUGCCUCAGGGGUGGCUCUGACCUCAUCUUUGACCCUGAGGGAGCCGCAGGGGACAGGGGAGCAGAGGAGCUCGGGAGGGUGUCCAGUGGCUCCUCCAGCACGAGGGGGCAGAAGGAAAUACAUAGUUACAACUGCCACUUGGAGACCUCCGCACCCGGGAAGCACCUGAAUUGGACAACAGGGAAACACAGUCAGGACAGCACCCAGCUGAAGCUGGAGCCCAGCAAGCGUGAUCCGUUCUCCGUGCGUGCUGUGCCUCACGGUUCCUGCAUGCCCUACCUGGGCGUCCAGGGCACUCUCCAUGCCAGUGGCGUCACUGCUUUCAGGAAUUCACCCAGCUCUCACCCAGCGAACCAUUCCCCCAGUGCCUACGGCAGCCGGACAAGCAGAGCCUUGCGGGACCGCGGUCAGGGCCAGGGGCACCCUCCCACCAGCUGCCCCUUCCCCCAGGGGAGCCUGGAGAAUGGGCUCCCUCAGCCCGCAGCACAGCAUCUUGCAGCGGGGGGCUAUUCUACCGAGGAUGCCAAGUUGCGAGGUGUGCCGAUGCCCCCAGGAGCCCUGUGCAACACCAUGUUGUCACUUGAUGUGCCCAUCAAGAUGGAGAGUGACUCUGGGUCCGAGGAUACAGCAGAUGGCUACUCUGUGUCCCCAGGCCGCAUGUGGCUGGGAGCCAGUGAGGUGGCCAAGAGACAGCUGGUCACUUUCCCUACCAGGAUGCACCUGAAGUCAGAGCCAGACCCCAGGCACCACUGCUACACCCCGCAUAUGGGGCAUGGCCUGCUGGGGGCUCACUCCAGACCCAGCAGGGAACUGGCCCCGUUCCACCCCACACAGUGUGCCUGCCUGGAGCACAUGCAUGGUCUUCCCGAGCCGGAGCCCCCGCCCGGCCUCUGUGCGCGGGGCCCCCUGCCCCCGACUCUGGGCUGUGACUGCAGAGCUCCUGGGGCUGCACCCGUCGUCAAGCGUGAGCCCCUGGACUCGCCCUCAUGGGGUCCUCACAGCCAGGGUGGGGCACCCGGGGUGUUCCCCAAGAGUGGCUUGGCGACACUGAUGCCGCCCAAGGCCUCUGAGUGCACUUUCCUGCCAUAGAAGGGGCAUUUCUAAAAACUGGCGUCUGUCCACGCUCAGAUUUACCCCUCAGCCGGGGCGGGGUGCAGGCCAGAGCCUCUCUUAAGCAACACUCUGCAGAGUUGCACAAGUCCAGUCCCAUUACAUCUGGAGCAAUGCAACAGUGUAUUCUGUAUUUUGUAAAAUAUCAUGGAAAUUCUUAAAUGCAAAGUGGUUUUAAGUCUGUUCAAGUAGGAUAGUAUUUCUCUUCAAGGAAUUAAAAUUUUUCUGAAAGCAGCCAAAGUGAGACGUGUUGGCCUGGUGGGCAGGACUCCAUGCUCCAAGAGGCGGCAGCGAGUGCAGGCUGACCAGCAAUCAUGUCCGCCGUGUGGUUUCCAGGGGCCCCACACCCACCUCCCAGCUUCCCUGCCUGGCUGUAAAGGGAGAUCAACGCCUGCAUGGAGUGGAUUUCAGAGAGCAGUCACACCCUUGGUAUUCCACUGCCCAGACAAUAAAUUAGGAACAUAACUCACUGAGCUACAGGUGACCAUGUGCCCAUCCAUGGAGGGAAUCUAGAAAGUUCCAGGCAGGAGAGGUGUCAGCGCCAGGUCCUGCACUCACUACAGUAUGCAACAUGUGCUUUACGACUCCACAGCGGAGUUUGAGGCCAUACUUGGAGUGGAAACUGACAGGAUAAUAUCCUGUUCCUUCUGGAAGUUUCUCUGGUGUUUUUAAUGGGCCUCUGAAGAUGAUUUAUGCUAAUCUGUCUCAGCACAUCAUGUGACUUGGAGUUUACAGAGUCUGGGUUUGGAAGUGCAGUCACACGCUGCAUAGCGACGUUUCAGUCAAUGAGGGACUGUCUAUGACGGUGGUCCAGGAAGAUUAGUCCCACGGCGCCUAGGUGUGUAGUAGGCUGGACCGCCUAGGUUUGUGUAUGUCACUCUAUGAUUUUCACACAACGAUGAAAUCGUCUAACCAUGCAUUUCUCAGAACAUCUCUGUGUUGUUAAGUGACCCAUGGCAUAUAGAAAAGUACAAAAUGUGGAGAAAAGAAAUAGGAAGCGGACUUGUCUUGCUCUCUUGCUGACUGUCUACAGUUUUUCAAAUGAGGAUUCCAAUCGCCGUCUCAGGAAGAAUUAUUAGAGACAGGGCAGACAGGUGAUGUUUUUAAACAAAGUUGUAAAGGUAACUACCUUCUGGUGUAGGAAAUUUAGAUACAAGAGGAUAAAUCAUAAAGCAGAGGGGCCGGCCCCAUGGCCGAGUGGUAAAGUUCGCGUGCUCCGCUUUGGCAGCCCAGGGUUUCGC